AGAGAGGGAGAGAGAGCCCAGCGCCCAGUGCCCGGGGGCUGCAGUCCCCUCCCCAGUCUGCAGUCCAAGGACCAGCCGAAGGCGCGGCGGCGGAGCCCAGCUGGCCAAAGCCCCCAGCGGACGGCCGGAGUCCAGCCGGCCGGAGGUUGCAGCGAGAGGGCAGAGCCAAGCCGGCCACAGCCGGGCGCGGGAGUCUCCGGCAGGCGGGCAGAGGCAGAGCCGGGCAGGGCUCCCCGCAGACGGGGAGAGGCGAAGCGGGCACAGCCAAGCCGGGCAGAGCCGGGCAAAGCCGAGCCGGGCCGAGCCUCCGGCGGGAGGGCAGAGCCUCCGGCAGACGACCCGUCCCCCCUCUCCGGGCCCGACCCCAGCCCCGCAGACGGUAGACGAUGCCCGGGGAGCCGGGUGAGUAGCCGGGUCCCCCGGCCCGGCCCGGCCCGGCCCGGCCCGGCCCGAGGGGGAGCUGCCAGGGCAAAGCGUGCCCCCUCCCCGCCGCCUCCCAGCCAGUCAAAGCUCCCACGGGUGUCCCGCCCAGGUGAUGAUGUUGAACGGGGACACGGGCUCCUCCUCCUCCUCGCCCUCCUCGUCGUCUACCAGGAUCGUGGUCCGCAGCUCUAGUGUCAGUGGCGAGAUGUACAAUGGGGAGAAGGGCGGGGGUGGGGGGCCGGCAGAAGCGGGCAGCUUGACGGCCAAGAAGCGACGCAGCAGCCUCGGGGCUAAGAUGGUGGCCAUCGUGGGCCUCUCCCAGUGGAGCAAGAGCACGCUUCAGCUCAACCAGCCCGACGGGGGCUCCAAGAAGCCGCGGAGCAACAUCCGAAGGAGCACGGAGACCGGCAUCGCGGUGGAGAUGCGGAAUCGGGUCACUCGGCAGGGCAGCCGCGAGUCCACCGACGGCAGCACCAACAGUAACAGCUCCGACGGCACGUUCAUCUUCCCUACGCCCCGGCUGGGGGCCGAGAGCCAGUUCAGCGAUUUUCUGGAUGGGCUGGGGCCGGCCCAGAUCGUGGGGCGACAGACCCUGGCCACACCGCCCAUGGGGGAUGUCCACAUUGGCAUGAUGGACCGGAACGGACAGCUGGAGGUAGAGGUGAUCCAGGCCCGAGGGCUCACACCCAAGUUAGGAUCCAAGUCCAUCCCCGCCACCUACAUCAAGGCUUACCUGUUGGAAAACGGGGUCUGCUUAGCCAAGAAGAAGACCAAGGUGAUCAAGAAGACAUGUGACCCACUGUACCAACAGGCGCUGCUGUUUGAGGAGGGGCCCCAGGGCAAAGUUCUGCAGUUGAUUGUCUGGGGCGAUUAUGGCCGUAUGGACCACAAGUGCUUCAUGGGAAUGGCCCAGAUCGUCCUGGAAGAGCUGGAUUUGAGCAACAUGGUGACGGGCUGGUACAAACUCUUCCCCACCUCCUCCCUGGCAGACUCCGCCAUCGGCCCUCUCACGCGCCGGCUGUCUCAGUCCUCUCUCGAGAGCUCCACGAGUCCUUCCUGCCCUUAAAGAUCCCGGAAAGGAGAAGCUGGGCGGGGGGUGGGGAGGGGAGGGACGGCCGAACCAGAUCCCCUCUCCCCAUCCGUCCCUUCCCCACCCCCGAACGCUCAGUCACGGGUGCAUAACGUCACAAGAUCUUUUCUGGAACAGCCGGACACCCCCAGCCCAAGUCCCUACUGGCCCAGAAGGCAAGAAGACUCCUCUGUGUGCUGUAUGUGUGCGCAGGGUAUGUGUGCGUGUGCUGUGUGCGAGUGUGUGAAUGGCGCGUAUGUAUGUGUGUGAGGGAUGACCCACUGUCCUUUCCAUGCAAAACCAAGUCUAAUUCCCACGACUGUUACCGCGCCUCAUCCUGCCAUGUGGGAAAGAAACCAAAAUUGGAAUUUCACCAGGGGACAAGGACUCCCGAUUCCCGGGAAUACCGCAGGCCGGUUCUGGCUGACUCCAUCGCAAGUAGCAUGUGCCUGUUUGUUUCGUCUUUCACGGCCUUUCUGUUGGUUUUGUUCCUUCCAGGAAAGCGUGGAACAAGACUCUCUGAUUCUACUGGGCACUAAUUAAUGAUUUUUUUUUUUAAUUUCUAAGGAAUGUAGCAUCCAACGUAGCCUGCCUCGCGCUCUUUGAACUCUUGCUGCACUCUCUGUCCAGAGGCUUGCCCCUGGCUGGCUGGGCCAUCCGACCCCCCCAACCGCUUGGAGCCCAGUAGGGCUUCCUGGUCCCUAUUUUGCAGCAUCGGCGACUAAUUUUGUUGACUGCAUCAGUAGCAUGGAGCCUUUGCACCAAGCAGCCCCUCUGAAGCCGGAGGCAGGGGCCACUCCCCUGGACUGUCCAAGGGCAUUCCCUAGCCCCGUCCAAGGGCAUUCCCUAGCCCCUACAUCCCUUCUCCAGUCCUCACCAGGUCCCCCUCCCCUUUGAACUCAGAAUCUAAAGGCCGGGACCCCUGAAACAAGAGAUUAAGGUGCUAAACUCCAGGGAAGGCAAUCUCCCUAUUCCCCCUCCCCCCCACCCCCAUUCAGGAAUUCCUGUUCCCCAGUCUUUUCCCAAGUCCCUGUGGCCUGCGUGAUCAGGGAAACCAAGACCUUUUUUUCUUCCCUCUCCGUCCGGCCAGCUCGCGGCCGGGGAAGUCUCUGUAGCAGUCGCUACGGAGCGACCACGGGCCGGAAGGUAAUUCCUGACUGUUUCUGUUGCAUUCGCUUUUGUUAGGAAAUCUGCCGGCUUCAUGACUCCAAAGGAGACCCGGAAUCCUGUAGCAAACCUGAUUUCAGGAUAUGUGACUGGAGGGGCCUAGGGUAGUGGGGGCCAGCAGGGGAGAGACCCCUUAGAAAUCAAUUCCUUCUGUUUGGCCCACUUAGUCGAGUCAGGCUGGGAGAGCCCCAGACUAGGGCAUGGAUGGGAUGAGGCACAGGAAAGGAAGCUGGCACAAGGACUGGGGGUGGGAUCUUGGGUCUCCAAACCCUACUGGUUUAGUUUAAGCUUUCUUCUUUUUAAAAGAGAAUGAGAGCUCAGGGGAGGUUGCGCUGCUCCUCACUGAUCCCUGGAGGGAAGGAGCCUGAGAAGCUGGGAAGGUUGGUUGGAAAGAGGGAACCAGAGGCCAGGAAGGGAGAUGGGUGGCCAGAAAGGCCUCAAUCCAGGGGUGUGUGGCAGCAGGUCCCCAAUGGAGUUCCCCUCUUUAGGGCUCCGGGAUCCAUGCUGCAAGGAAAACCUAAUCCGGGUGUUUAGGGUCUAGCAAAUCCCUGGCUCUGGGAUUUCUACUUUCCUCAACACACCCAUGACCAAAGAGCUCAGGGCCUCUGGGCAGUGGGGUCUCCCUGCCAGGAUGGGAUCUGACCCUUCUGGGGUCACUCACUGUCCAGAGCAAUACAGGCUGCUCCGCUCCCCUGACCCCCGUAAACAGGGUCGACCAGAAAGCCCAAAUUCAGCCUGUCCCACGAGGGUGGGGAAGGGGGUGUUUGACAGCGUUCAUCAGGGGGUACCACCUGAUACUUGAAAAUGGUUCCCGAGUGCCCUGGGCUGGGUUUUGGAAACCCGCCCUGUUCCUUCCCUCUUAAAAGCGCCUUGAAGGGGGCGGGGGGUGAAGCCGCGGGAAGAGGCAGCAGGGCUCCAGUCCAGCCCACAUGCCCCAAUGUGAAGCCUCCAAUGAUGACGGGAGAUGGGGCGAGGCCCUGGAGCAGGUGGACUUCUCCGGUUAACUUGCCCCAGUCUUCCCCUCCUCGUCACAUAUCAGCCCCAAGCUGGUUCUCGGUCUCCCCCAGCCACCUGGCUGGACCUCCCUCCCCGGCCCCGUCCCACGGCCCCUGUAGGCUGGACAUCUCAUCCAGGGGCCCCGAGGCCUCUGCCUCACUUGGCUCACUGGCCACCCGUGUGGGUGAGGCCCAUGAAAGCAACCCUGCGAGGGGUGGAAACACCCCGCCCCAGGGAGAGAAGGCCGCGGGGCUGAGUCUGCUUAGAUAACACAUUGGCCAAGGUUCAAAGGGACUAGCGGAGGCCCAGGUCUUAUGACCGGAGACUGACCGCUUUAGGCCGUUGGCCUUUCAAAGCCCAGACUGGGGAUGGACCCGAUUCCACCCCCAUAGGGUAGGAAAUGGGAAAGCAGGUUUUACUUUACAGCCAGUUCUUGAAUAUCCAAACAAGUGCAGAGAGACACGGAUUAUCCACAACAACACAUGGUAAGGAACUCGCUUUGAACGUGGCUGGGGGAAGUCACUCCAGGACCCAGGGCACGGAGGGAAGGGGGAAUAUGGCCUUGGGUCAGGGCAGGCUCCCAUCUGGGGAGACUUUAGUCAUCCACCAUGGAUAAACCAGGAAGGGGAUAAAUAACGGGUGGAUAAUCACACUGACUGCAACUCAAAAACCACUUUUAAUCCUUUGCACAAUGUGAUUUUAUGUGUGUAUUUUGGUGUGUUUCACCCCAAGUGAGUGAGAGGUGUGUGUGUGUGUGUGUGUGUGUAUGUGGUAUAUAUACUGUACAUAACAUAGGUGUUUGUAGGGCACUGUUAAGUACCUUUGUAUCGUCAGUGUGGGUGAUGGAACAUUUUGUAGCCAGGAACAAUCAGAGAGGUCUUCUUUAUGCCAAUACGGGCUAUAGAAGCUGCACUGGACUUUCUGUUUGACUUCAAAUCUGCCUUCUGAUUCAUUUCCCCGACCCCUACUCCACUUCUGUUGACUCAGAAAUAGGACAGUUGUCACACCUGCCAUUUCAUUCCCUACCAGAGACCUUGUGGCCUCCCCCAUUGACUUGAGGGGUUCUCUUGCUCCCCACUCCUGGAUUUGGCCGGCUCCCCUGCCCGAUGGCCCGGGGCGGGCCUCCAGGAUGGGGUCGGUCUAUUGGCGGGACUGGAGCCAAGCCGGGACGUGCCGGAGCCGGCUUUCUUUUCCAGCCGGCGGGGGCCAGCGUUUGGGACCCGGAGACGGGACCCAGGCAGCCAGGGCUGGGCCGGUGGAUGGGGUGAUUCCAAGUGGCCUUUGACAGAGUUUGUUAUUCAAGGGGACCUGGGUUCUCCCUUCUUCCCGGAAGGACACCCGAGGAAUAUCAAUCACAGCUGGUUUCCAUCUGGGCUGGAGGAGGCUGGGGGAGAGGGGCCUCUAGCUAGAGUCUCCCACCCACUCGUCUCUGGGUGGGCUGCUGGAAAGGUAUCCAGCGUCGGAAGAGGUAAAGUGUGUGUGUGGGGGGGGGUGGGUGGGCGGGUGUUGGGGCUGUGUUGCUCCUGGGGUGCCGAGGCAAGAGAGGUGGAGAUGAAUUUGGUUUGGGGGCUUUGGAAGUUGCGGUGGGGCAGGUGGGUCCUCCCCAUUAUGAGCCCGGGACAAGUCUGGCCCCUGGGUCAAGGCAACAGGGGAGCAGCUCACCCUUGGGGGCUCAGGCCCUUCCUCCCUCUCUCCUCCCCCCGCGUCAGGAGGAAUUCUCCUGGGGCCAUGUCCGGACAAUCUGGGAAGACAUGGCCAGCCGAGCUUGCCCAGCCUCCACCGACUGACCGCUAAACAAGGAGCCCGGGGACAGGACCGGGCAGGCCCUCACCGGGGGCUUCCUUGCCAGAGGCAGGGGGCUGGACCACAUGACCCCUCGAGGCCCCUUUCAUCUCUGUGACGUCCGAUGCCCGUCUUUCAUGGCUGGUUGGUGGAAGAGCAGAGCUGCACACCUCCCCCUUCCCUGUGGAUUCUUCCUGACUUUUUUCCCGAGAAAUGACAUGUAGCACAACCUCAUCCGAAAGCCUCACUGGGAGAGAAGCACCCCCUACCCCGAACGCUGCUCCCGCCACCCUGACCGUCACCCACAUCGUGAAUGGUGGUCGUUCUCCCCGCCGGGGCUCCCGGCACCCCGAUACCUCACACUUUUCUAAGCAAAGAGAGGGCCCUCCCCUCCCUCGGGCGGAUCUCGGUUCUGUCUGAUGCUGUUUUCCGUUCUCCCGUGAGUGUCUGAUCUUGUAGCAGGCUGGGGGCGCCUGCCUGCACAUCUGCCCAGAUGUGGACUCUUCGAGAAUCUGGCUGCUGCUGCUGCUGCUGCUGCUGUGACUUUGGAUCCUGUUUAGCCCAGGGUGAGAGCGGCUUAGGAGCCCUGGGAGAGAGAGAGCGCGAGCGAGAGAGAGGGAGAGAGACACCAAAGCAAAGCUGAUUUGGGCUUCUCCUAGGUGACUGUUGCAGGGGGCCUGUGGAGGAGGGCGGUGCCAGGAUGCCAUCUCACCUGCCUCCUGCUGCCCCUUCCGCGAUCGGCUUCCGCGUUCACCUGGCACACAGAAGAUCUCAUUUCAAAUGCUGCUGCCUGCAUCAGCGACUUCCUUAGUUCAGGACCAGGGUGGGUAUUCUGGUGUCUGGCUCCUCGUUGCUGACUCUUCCCCUCUUCUUUACGUUUGCAUUUCGUGCAGGUGAAGAGAGAAUGAAUGAAGCAAAAAAAAAAUCGUAUUUAUAUAUAUUUAUAUAUAUACAUAUACAUAUAUAAAUAUAAAUAAAUCUACUGUAAAGGGCAAAGGAAACUGUUUGGGGGAACACGUUUGGGUUACGAUUUUGUCCCCUCGUUUCCCCUCUCCGCCCCUACGGGGGAAGAGGGGUCUUUAAAGGGGACUGGAUAUAAACUGGAAAUCCCAGGAUUUGCUGGAUGAAGGGGUCCCCCAAGGAAGGGUGAAUUAGGAUCUCAAAGAAAUGUCUGCGAUGCCAAAGAGUUUUUCUCUGGCAAAAGGCUGCUUCGGCCGAACCGUCCAAAAUGCCUCUCGAACGUGAGCACUUUGAUGUUGGUGGCCUUGUUUCCUUAAAGGGCUCAAUCUUUUCAUGUAGUGAAGGUAAAAAAAGCCACGCCCAUCACACCCCCCUCCUCUCAAUACCGAUCCCUCCUUGUCCCCACCCCCCAUCUAAAUGCCAACCCUGUGGCCUAUGGUCGCUGUUCCGUCAGUGACACCCCAGAGAAGAAUCUGGGAGAGAAUCUGGGAGUUCAGAAUUGCUGGAUUUAUUAAAAUCACAUCUCCUCCAAGAGGCCUUCCCUGACUAAGCUCUCAUUUCCCCUAUUCCUUCAUCCUUCUG